AUGCGUUAUUUACAAAUCAUGCGUUAUCAUCAUGAUAUGCAAACUGAACCGCUUGAUUUAUCAAACAAACCACCUCAAUCUCCUUCAAGUAUUAGACGAUCAGUGUCCAUUAAUGAUUCAUUACCAUCACUUCAUAAUUCAGUCGCAAAAAUUUGUCCCAUUCUUGACAGUUCAAAUUUAACACUUUAUCUAUAUGAACCAGUAAAGAUUAUUACACAACCGAAAACACAAUGGCAUUAUCGAAGUAUAAAAGAUCUAGCAAAAAACCAUAUUCCUUUGUUAUCUGGAGAUGGUCCUCAACGAACACCAAUGCGAGUAACAGUUCCAAAGCAAUCUUCGCGACCGAUGUAUCUUUGCGUUGCAGUUGUGACUUGUGAUUAUCAACCUCAUGAUUCUAAAAUAAUUGUACCACAAAAAACACGAAUGCGAACAGAUCAGUUAACUCAUGAUAACAAUCUUCAUUGUUUUAAUUUCAAUGAAUGUAAUUCAACAGACUAUUUUGAUCCAGUUAGAAAACAUGUCUAUUUGCAGAUAACUGCAGAAGAACAUAAAGCUCAAUUAAAAGAGUAUGCUAUUGAUUUUCUUUUUUUGGAUGAUUUUAUUAUCGCUUUUACAUAUUAUAUUUAG